CCAAAAGACCCUCUUUACGUGGAAUAAAUUCUAAAAUAUUUAAUCAAUUUUUUUUCACUUUUUAUUCCAUCCACCUUAUCCUUUGAAUGUUUCAUCUUUUGGGUUCGAAUAAAUUCGAAGUCUGAUGUCUCCAUUAUCAGGUGGCAAAUUUUGGCCUAUAAUCAAUCAAUAUAAGAUCCUCUCUGUUUACCACUCUAUAUUCUUCAUAAACUAAUAAUUCCCUCAUCUUAUUUCUCAUUAAGAUUUAUGCAUUACAAAAGUUUUCACCUUUAAACUUCUAAUAACUUCCUUGAUCCUACUUUUUGCAGCUAUUUGUCAACUACCUUCUUCCUCCUUCAAUCUUCUCCCUAUAAAUUUUUGUGAUGAUUUGCUUGGUUUCUCUACAGCACUCAUCAAGUUUUUAAACUUGCUCCAUAAACCAUUCUUCUCUAACUUUCUUUGUUGAGUCUUAUCAUUCUGCCUACUUCAUUUUACAAGUGUCUAUCUUUUCGUUUGUCUAAGAUCUCUGUUUACCAUCUGCAAUGGCACCUCCAAAUGACCCAGUCACCUUGAUCUCUUCAUUUCACAAAUCUGAGACUUUGGAAAACUAUAUUGAUUGUUCAAAGGGAAAGAUCAGUGUUGAAGGAGUUCCGUUGCUGUCGGAAGUCCCGAGCAAUGUCUUUUUCAGCCCCUUCUCUUCGAUAUUUCGAACCUCUGAUGCACCACUUCCUUUGCUCCAAAGAGUGCAUGGUCUGUCCCGUAAGGGGGGGUUUCUCGGUUUCGAACAAAUGCAGCCUUCUGAUAGGUUAAUGAAUUCUUUGGGAAAGUUUGAAGGUAGGGAGUUUGUGAGUGUCUUCAGGUUCAAAACAUGGUGGUCGACCAUGUGGAUUGGGAACUCUGGGUCAGAUUUACAAAUGGAAACCCAAUUGGUCAUCUUGAAUGUCCCUGAAAUAAGGUCAUAUGUCGUUAUCAUACCCAUUAUAGAAGGCAGUUUCAGGUCUGCCCUUCAUCCUGGGACUGAUGGACAUGUCUUAAUUUGGGCAGAAAGUGGCUCAACUCAGGUAAAAGCAUCGAGUUUUAAUGCCAUAGCCUACAUUCAUGUGUCUGAUAACCCCUACAACUUAAUGAAAGAAGCCUAUGCUGCCAUUAGAGUCCAUUUAAAUACUUUUAGACUCUUGGAAGAGAAGUCUGUCCCAAAUCUGGCGGACAAAUUUGGCUGGUGUACUUGGAAUGCUUUUUUCUUAAAUGUAGAACCUGUUGGAGUUUGGAAUGGUGUGAAUGAUUUUGCUGAGGGUGGGAUCUCAUUGAGGUUUCUCAUCAUUGAUGAUGGCUGGCAAAGCAUCAACAUAGAUGGUGAAGACCCGAAUCGGGAUAUGAAAAAUAUUGUUUUGGGUGCGAGUCAGAUGACUGCUAGGCUCUACAAGUUCGAAGAGUGCGACAAGUUCAAGAAGUACAAAGGUGGGACUUUGUUGGGUCCAAACCCCCCACCAUUCGAUCCAAAGAAGCCGAAGCUGUUGAUCUCAAAGUCGAUCGAGCUUGAUCGUGCUGAAAAAGAUAGAGACAAUGCCAUUCAAUCUGGAGUCACUGAUGUGUCUAAGUUUGAAGCCAAAGUUCAGAAACUGAAGCAAGAGAUGAUUGAUAUGUUUGGAAAAGAAGAAGGAGGAGAAGAAAGCAGUGCUGUGAGCAAUGAUUGUGAAAGCCGUUCUUACACGGCUGAUAACUUUGGAAUGAAGGCUUUCACAAGGGACUUGAGGACAAAAUUCAAAGGUUUGGAUGAUAUAUAUGUUUGGCAUGCUCUUGCUGGUGCCUGGGGUGGUGUAAGGCCUGGCUCUACCCAUCUGAGUUCAAAGAUAAUUCCCUGCAAGCCCUCUCCUGGACUUGAUGGGACGAUGACGGAUCUUGCUGUUGUGAAGAUCAUGGAAGGAAAAAUUGGACUCGUUCAUCCCGAUCAAGCCUACGAUUUGUUCGAUUCCAUGCAUUCCUACCUUUCCAAAGUUGGGAUCACAGGAGUUAAAGUUGAUGUAAUACAUACUCUAGAAUAUGUCUCAGAGGAAUAUGGAGGAAGAGUUGAUCUUGCAAAGGCCUAUUAUAACGGUCUCACCAACUCUAUUAUAAAGAACUUCAAAGGGACUAACCUUAUCUCCAGCAUGCAACAAUGCAACGAUUUCUUCUUCCUUGGAACAAAGCAAAACGCCAUAGGAAGAGUCAGUGAUGAUUUUUGGUUCCACGAUCCACAAGGAGAUCCCAUGGGUGUUUACUGGUUACAAGGUGUUCAUAUGGUUCAUUGUGCAUACAACAGUAUGUGGAUGGGGCAGUUCAUACAGCCUGAUUGGGACAUGUUCCAAUCAGACCAUCAGUGUGCCAAAUUCCAUGCAGGAUCAAGAGCCAUUUGUGGGGGUCCUGUAUAUGUGAGUGAUUCAGUGGGAGGCCAUGAUUUUGAUCUCAUAAAGAAGCUUGCAUAUCCUGAUGGAACAAUUCCCAGGUGCCAGCAUUUCGCGCUCCCCACUAGAGAUUGCCUCUUCAAGAAUCCUAUUUUUGACAACAAAACUGUUCUCAAGAUUUGGAACCUUAACAAGUAUGGAGGAAUUAUUGGUGCUUUCAACUGCCAAGGAGCUGGUUGGGACCCUAAAGAGCAGAGAAUCAAAGGGCAUCCAGAAUGCUACAACCCAAUGUCCACCACAGUACAUGUCAAUGAUGUGGAAUGGAACCAAAAACCAGAAGCAGCCCCAAUGGGGAAUUUCGUCGAAUACAUUGUGUACCUGAACCAAGCCGAGCAGAUUCUCCACACGACCCCAAAAUCCGAGCCGCUAAAAGUGACCCUUCAACCAUCCACAUUCGAGCUCUUCAGCUUCAUACCCCUCCGAAAGAUUGGCUCCAGCAUCAAAUUCGCCCCAAUCGGCCUCACGAACAUGUUCAACAGCUCCGGCACAAUCCAGCACUUGAAGUAUAACGAAAAUGGAGUGGAGCUGAAGGUGAAAGGAGGAGGAAGCUUCUUGGCCUACUCGAGCGGAUCACCGAAGAAAUGCGUUUCGAACGGAACGGAGGUGGAAUUCGAAUGGGAUUCCCAGGGAAAACUAGGGUUUGAUCUUCCAGGGAAUGAAGAAGCCGGUGGAGUUUCUAAUUUGGAUAUUUUCUUCUGAAAAUUUUAUCUGAAGUUAUUAUUUUCUCCUGCAAGUGACAUGUUUGCUGGGCACAGCCAUGUCAAUCUAUAUCUCCAACGGAAGAAAUUUUAUCUCCCUAUCUUAUCCUUUAAUUUUAAAUACUUUUCUUAUUAUGUUGAUGGCAA